AUGACUCUCGCCGUUGACCUCCUCAACCCUUCCGCCGCGGCCGAGGCCCGCAAGCACAAGCUCAAGCGUCUUGUGCAGGAGCCCAACUCGUACUUCAUGGACUGCAAGUGCCCCACCUGCUACCGCAUCUCGACGGUCUUCUCGCACGCGCAGACCGUUGUCACUUGCCAGGGCUGCGAUACCAUCCUCUGCCAGCCCACUGGUGGUAAGGCACGGCUCACGGAGGGCAGCUCUUACCGCAAGAAGAACUAA